AUGAUGCCUCCCUCUGUCACGGUCCCUCCUUGCCAGCAGCUGAGAAGCGCCUGGUGGGUCCUAACGGGCACCUCGCUGCGGCCAUCUGGCUCACGUACCCUUCCAUACACUCACCGCCUCCUCAGCUGCCCCUUCCCUUCUUCUACUCCACCUGUCCGUUUCUCUGCCAUCCGCUUUCCACUUUCGGUGCUCCACUCCACUCCACGCCAUCUAUUUCUUCGUUCGCCACUCACCUCACAAGUUUGCAAGGAGAGAGCUACUCAAGCUGUAGUUAUGGCUAUAGAGAGGGAAGCAAAUGCAAUAACUGAAGCAGUGAAAGGCGUGCUCGGAUUAGUGAGAGGGGAGUUGGCAGCAGUUUGGGAGGAAUUGGCCCGACAGAAUGAGCGAGUGCUGAUGUUGGAGGAGAGGAAUUCUGCUCUGGAGAAUGAGGUGAAUGAGUCGAGGCGUGCACUCGGUGUUGUGGGCGAGAGUUGUGUGGCGACUGCUGCUGCGGUGGAGAAGAGGGAGAUGGAGUUGGCAGCAGUGAGGGGGGAGCUGGUUGGAGUGAAGGGGGAACUGACUGAACACAAGGCCUUUAUGAUAGAGCAAUUGGAUAUGGCUGAGAGGAGAAGACUGUCGGAUUUAAGAGAGCUGAGGGAGGAAGCUAGGAAAAGAGAGGGUAAAUUGAUAGCAGAGUUGGCAAGGGAGAGAGAGGAGAGGAGGAGCGAGAUUCAGGAGUUGAAUCGUGCCAUGGAGGAAUUGGCAGCCUGCAAGGAUUGGGUGAAGGUUGAGUUGGAAAUCAGCCAGAGGAAAGGCCAUCAAAAGACUGCAUGGGAGCGAAUCAAAAGGUGCAACGACAACUUUUCAACCUUCACCUUCUUCCGCCUCACCUGCUGCUACCACCCUUCUUCCUCCUCACCUGCUGCUACCACCCUUCUUCCUCCUCACCUGCUGCUACCACCCUUCUUCCGCCUCACCUGCUGCUACCACCCUUCUUCCUCCUCACCUGCUGCUACCACCCUUCUUCCUCCUCACCUGCUGCUACCACCCUUCUUCCGCCUCACCUGCUGCUACCACCCUUCUUCCUCCUCACCUGCUGCUACCACCCUUCUUCCUCCUCACCUGCUGCUACCACCCUUCUUCCUCCUCACCUGCUGCUACCACCCUUCUUCCUCCUCACCUGCUGCUACCACCCUUCUUCCUCCUCACCUGCUGCUACCACCCUUCUUCCUCCUCACCUGCUGCUACCACCCUUCUUCCUCCUCACCUGCUUCUACCACCCUUCUUCCUCCUCACCUGCUGCUACCACCCUUCUUCCUCCUCACCUGCUGCUACCACCCUUCUUCCUCCUCACCUGCUGCUACCACCCUUCUUCCUCCUCACCUGCUGCUACCACCCUUCUUCCUCCUCACCUGCUGCUACCACCCUUCUUCCUCCUCACCUGCUGCUACCACCCUUCUUCCUCCUCACCUGCUGCUACCACCCUUCUUCCUCCUCACCUGCUUCUACCACCCUUCUUCCUCCUCACCUGCUGCUACCACCCUUCUUCCUCCUCACCUGCUGCUACCACCCUUCUUCCUCCUCACCUGCUGCUACCACCCUUCUUCCUCCUCACCUGCUGCUACCACCCUUCUUCCUCCUCACCUGCUGCUACCAUCCUUCUUCCUCCUCACCUGCUGCUACCACCCUUCUUCCUCCUCACCUGCUGCUACCACCCUUCUUCCUCCUCACCUGCUGCUACCACCCUUCUUCCUCCUCACCUGCUGCUACCACCCUUCUUCUUCCACACCUUCUGCUACCACCCUUCUUCCUCCUCACCUGCUGCUACCACCCUUCUUCCUCCUCACCUUCUGCUACCACCCUUAUUCCUCCUCACCUGCUGCUACCACCCUUCUUCCUCCUCACCUGCUGCUACCACCCUUCUUCCUCCUCACCUGCUGCUACCACCCUUCUUCCUCCUCACCUGCUGCUACCACCCUUCUUCCUCCUCACCUGCUGCUACCACCCUUCUUCCUCCUCACCUGCUGCUACCACCCUUCUUCCUCCUCACCUGCUGCUACCACCCUUCUUCCUCCUCACCUUCUGCUACCACCCUUCUUCCUCCUCACCUGCUGCUACCACCCUUCUUCCUCCUCACCUGCUGCUACCACCCUUCUUCCUCCUCACCUGCUGCUACCACCCUUCUUCCGCCUCACCUGCUGCUACCACCCUUCUUCCUCCUCACCUGCUGCUACCACCCUUCUUCCUCCUCACCUGCUGCUACCACCCUUCUUCCUCCUCACCUGCUGCUACCACCCUUCUUCCUCCUCACCUGCUGCUACCACCCUUCUUCCUCCUCACCUGCUGCUACCACCCUUCUUCCGCCUCACCUGCUGCUACCACCCUUCUUCCUUACCUGCUGCUACCACCCUUCUUCCUCAUUACCUGCUGCUACCACAUGUAAUACUGUCCCUUCACCUUGCCUCGCCGGACCACUGCUUCAUCUUCUCCCAUUUCCCCCUUAUCCAGGACAUUGCCUCGCUAUUAUGCAAUGUGAUGUGA